AUGACAGGAGGGAAGCAAAUGAACUUCCAGUUGUCCACCGCGGCUGGUGCGGAAUUUGACGCCUCCGCUUACGAGGGUCCUCUAAUGAAAGCAGACGAAGUCAUGGCAAUGAGGGUUCUCUUUGAGGCUUGCGACAUCGACGGGAGUGGCACCAUACCCUUGAAAGAGCUCAAAAGCCGACUUGUGGCUGCCGGGUUUGACGUGAAAGGCUCCGCUUUGGCCGAAAUUCUUGGCAUUAUAGACGCCGGCGGGCGAAGAGUAGUCACAUUUCCUGAAUUCAUGCAGCUUGUGACUCCAUCAUCGGACUUAUCUUCUCCAGAAGAGGUUUUAAAGACAUUUAAGCAAAUGGACUCCGAUAACACCGGGCGCAUAUGCGUUAGGCACAUAUCGCGAGCGCUCAAGGAGGCCAACAUGACCUCCACUAUUGCCCAAGAGCUCUUGAGCCAGGCAGAUGCUGACAACGACGGUUGCAUCUUGCUACAAGAGCUGCAGGAAGUCUUUAGCAAGCAGACAUACCCGUAG